UGAAGCAUCGCGGUAGGAAGACGGCAACGUCAAAGAAGGAGAGAGAGGAAAAAGCAGUUGAGGGAUACUGUCGGCUUCACUUGGAGAAUCCGGGACGUUUUCUUUGAACAUAAGGUUUUGAGGUUAAAUUAUAUAAAUAUGCUGCUUCGUAAGGUGACUCAGUCCCCCGCUCUGUGCGGCUCCAUCCUAAGGAUUCCACCCGUGUUGUCCGGAGGUCAGCGUCAGGCCAGGGCUGUGGUGAACUCGCGUCUCUAUGCCAGUGAAGCUACACAGGCUGUGCUAGAGAAGCCAGUGGCAGUCGGAAGUCAUGCAACUGCUAAAGUGGAAAAACAAGCAGUUUCUAUUGAAUCCAAAUCAUUCGCAGUCAACAUUUUCAAGGGACAGAUCGCCACUUCUCAGGUGUUUCCCUAUCCCUCAGUUCUCAACGAGGAGCAGGAGCAGUUCCUCCGAGAACUUGUGGGGCCAGUGUGCAAGUUCUUUGAGGAAGUAAAUGAUCCUGCCAAAAACGAUGCCUUGGAAAAGGUGGAGGAUCACACCAUGGAGGGCCUGAAGGAAAUGGGUGCCUUCGGCCUUCAAGUGCCAAGUGACCUGGGGGGCCUUGGUCUCACAAACACACAAUAUGGACGGUUGGUUGAGAUCGUCGGCAGUCAUGACCUGGGCGUUGGCAUCACUCUGGGUGCUCACCAGUCAAUUGGCUUCAAGGGCAUUCUGCUUUUUGGGAACCCAGCUCAGAAGGAGAAGUACCUGCCUAAACUUGCUACAGGUGAACACAUCGCAGCCUUCUGUCUGACUGAACCUGCCAGUGGCUCUGAUGCUGCCUCCAUCAAGACCACAGCUGUGCAGUCUCCCUGCGGAAAGUACUUCACUCUGAAUGGAAGCAAGAUCUGGAUCAGUAAUGGAGGCCUGGCUGAGAUUUUUACAGUGUUCGCCAAGACGCCCGUGAAGGAUCCAAAUACUGGAGAGCUGAAGGACAAGAUCUCAGCCUUCAUUGUGGAGAGGAGCUUUGGAGGAGUGACACAUGGCCCCCCAGAAAAGAAAAUGGGCAUCAAGGCAUCCAACACAGCCGAGGUCUACUUCGAUAACGUCCGUGUGCCAGCUGACUGUUUGCUUGCAGAGGUCGGCGGCGGAUUCAAGGUCGCCAUGAAUAUCCUGAACAACGGGCGCUUUGGCAUGGCCGCUGCCCUCUCUGGCACCAUGAAGGGCGUGAUCACCAAAGCUGUGGAUCAUGCAGCCAACAGAACCCAGUUUGGUAACAAGAUUCACAACUACGGAGCCAUUCAGGAGAAGAUGGCACGCAUGGCAAUGCUGCAGUAUGUUACUGAGUCAAUGGCCUACAUGAUCAGCGGCAACAUGGACAGUGGAGCAACUGAAUUCCAGAUUGAAGCUGCUAUGAGCAAGAUCUUUGCCUCUGAAGCAGCAUGGAACGUGACUGAUGAGUGUAUUCAGGUUAUGGGCGGCAUGGGUUUCAUGAAGGACUCUGGAGUGGAGAGAGUGAUGAGGGAUCUGAGAAUUUUCAGAAUCUUUGAGGGAACCAACGACAUCCUGCGGCUCUUUGUGGCCCUCAAUGGUUUCCAGAAUGCUGGUAACCAGCUGAAGAGUUUGCAAAAGGCACUGAAGAACCCGCUCGGCAACGCUGGUCUGCUCACAGGAGAAAUGACCAAGAGAGCUAAAAGAAUGGCAGGUUUGAGCACAGGCUUGACACUGCAGGGAGCCGUGCACCCGGAGCUGGCCCACAGUGGUGAACUGACGGUUAAAGCUGUUGAACAGUUUGGAAUAGUCGUUGAAGAGCUGCUUGUCAAACACGGCAAGAAGAUCAUCGAUGAACAGUUUGUGUUGAAGAGAAUUGCAGACUGUGCCAUUGACAUUUACGCCAUGGUGGUCGUCCUGUCCAGGGCUUCACGUUCUCUGAGUCAAGGCCAGGCCACAGCUCAGCAUGAAAAGAUGCUGUGUGAGACCUGGUGUAUGGAGACCCACGAGAGGGUUAUGCGUGACAUCAAGACCCUGCGCUCCAGUGACUCGGCACGGCUCUUUAAGAACCUGCGGACCAUCUCUGCAGCCAUGGUGGAGAACGGAGGACUGGUGACUCCUCACCCUCUGGGUUUCUAAACACACCACCCCCCCCAGUCUCAAUAGCUUCAUCUGUACUACAUUCACUUCAUUACUUUUGCUGUUGUCAUCACACACCCGUGGCAAAAUGGCUUCUGGGGUUCUCGUGUCUCGUCCAGACACUGUGAUAAAGGGUCAAACCACAUGAACCGUGAUUUACGUGAACACACACACGUACUCACUGCGGCCUUUGAUACACACUGUACUGCACUGAUAAAGCUUCUCCUUUUUUUUGCAGUAAGUUGUGUUUUGCAACCUCAUAGUUUUUCUAUCAUAAUCAUAAUUAUGUAUCGUUACAAGAGCAAGUUUGUGUGUCAUGUAGCAACUAAUUUACAGCCGUAUCUGUAACAUCUAAUAUCAGAAUUUAAAAUCAUUUCUAUGAGGUGUUUGGCAAAUUAAUUACAAUGUCAGUGUAUGCGUGUAAAUGGUAAACACUUACAUCUUCACUGAAAAGGGAAUUUGGAAAAAUGAAAAAAAAGAAUAAUAAUUAACCCCUAAACCAAUCGGUGGGUACCGACCCAGUCUUUGGGAGUCACUGCUCUCGAGCUAAAUCUCACCCAUGCAUUCACGCUUACUUCCCUCUCUGAGGGAUCAGUAAUGGUACAUCUUUAUUUAUCUCCUGCUUCAAUGCAGAGUGGUCUGAAAUAUGAUGUGUUUCUGCGUGUGUGCCAUUUUAGACAUGUUCGCAUUCAGAUGCAAGUUCAGAUGCAAGAUGCCUUCAGUUGCAAAUGUGAACAGUCAUAUCUGAUCUCUAAUGAGUCAGAUUUGAAGUACCUGCUAAUCUGAAUGUAGCCAUGUAGCUGCUGCAAAAUGGGAGUUUCAGAACCCACACGUUUGACUUUUUAUUUUGGUUUUAUGGCACUCGCACAUAUGCGAAGACGGGUCAGUGGUGACCCCAACCUGUUUGUGCAUGGAGUCAAUGGUCCUUUUACGUUAUAUCUCAGUCUGAAAAAUGUUGAAGCUACAAGUAUCAAUGACAAAAUGUACAUAUAUACAACAUCAAUGCAACUUUAAUGUAAGAGGCCAGUGAACACAAGUCCUGGAACAACUGUUAAGGGAUUUUAAAAUAUACACAGGGGUAUUUUAAAUAAACAUUGCCUUAAAUUUGUACACUUAUCUACGUUGUGUUGUAAUGUACAUAUAAACGGAGUGUUUUGGGUACUGUGUUAGCCUUCAGGCAUUUUUUACUCAGUGCUAAUCAUAGAAACAUGAAAACUUCCGCCUUAACAAACCGGUCCACAGAUGCUGUUUGAAGUUCCUGUUACGACUUGCGUCCACCACAAAAUGUGCAGGUCACUUAGUCAUUCUUUACUCUUUUACUCAUGGAAGUCACACGGGUUUCCCAAAGAGCAAGAAUCAAUCAUCAGUGCUUGGUUUCAUUAAAUAGUUCAUUAAAAAUGAGUUAUGUAAAUAGUUGUUUGUUGCAGUUCAAACUGAUCUGAUCCAUAGCUGACUGUCCUCACUGUUUUUAAGAUGAGUUGCUGUGUUUGUGCACAUCUGCUUUGAGGUUUUUGGCUCAACACUCUUUUAUUGGAACAAAUAAAAUGGAAAUUAAUCUGGCUGCUUA